UAAAACAUUGCAUAUAUAUAUUAACUAUUAUGAUCCCUCCCCACCACAUAUAGAAGAGAUAGUGUAAAAAAAACAUUAUCAAAAACUUAGGGAAGAACAAGAUGGGAGAAGAAGCGAUAGCAAAAGUGUUAGUCUUCUCAUUUCCGAUCCAAGGCCACAUUAACCCUCUCCUCCAGUUCUCAAAACGUUUAAUCUCCAAAAACGUUGCCGUCACAUUCCUCACCACUUCAUCCACACACAACAACAUCAUCCGCCGUGCCACCGCCGGAGGAGCCACCGCUCUUCCGCUCUCUUUCGUCCCCCUCGACGACGGUUUCGAGGAAGGCCACCCGUCAACAGACUCAUCUCCCGAGUACUUUGCAAAGUUGGAAGAAAACGUCUCUCGAAGCCUCUCUCAACUUAUCUCCUCCAUGGAACCUAAACCAAACGCUGUAGUUUACGACUCUUGUACGCCGUGGAUCCUCGAUGUCUGCCGGAAACAUCCGGGGGUCGCUGCGGCGUCGUUUUUCACUCAGUGCUCCACCGUGAACGCGAUUUACAUCCAUUUCUUGCGUGGAGAGUUUAAGGAGUUUCAAGACGACGUCGUCUUGCCUGCGAUGCCUCCGUUGAAAGGUAGCGACCUGCCGGUGUUUCUGUACGACAAUAAUAUAUGCCGACCGUUGUUUGAGCUCAUUAGUAGCCAGUUUGUGAAUGUUGACGACAUUGACUUCUUCUUGGUUAACUCUUUCGACGAACUCGAAGUUGAGGUGCUUGAAUGGAUGAAGAACCAAUGGCCUGUCAAGAAUAUAGGACCAAUGAUUCCAUCAAUGUACUUAGACAAACGAUUAGCAGGGGACAAAGACUAUGGAAUCAGUCUCUUCAAUGCUCAAGUCAACGAAUGCCUUGAUUGGCUUGACUCAAAACCGUCUGGUUCAGUGAUCUAUGUCUCAUUUGGAAGCUUAGCGGUUCUAAAAGAGGAUCAAAUGAUUGAAGUUGCCGCCGGUCUAAAACAAACUGGCCAUAAUUUCUUAUGGGUGGUUAGAGAAACAGAGACAAAGAAGCUCCCAAACAAUUACAUAGAGGAAAUUGGUGAGAGAGGGCUGAUAGUGAAUUGGAGUCCUCAGCUACAGGUUCUUGAGCAUCACUCGAUUGGUUGUUUCAUGACCCAUUGUGGAUGGAAUUCAACUCUAGAAGCAUUGAGCUUAGGAGUGGCUCUGAUUGGAAUGCCGGCUUAUAGUGAUCAGCCGACUAAUGCUAAGUUUAUAGAAGAUGUGUGGAAGGUUGGAGUUAGGGUUAAGACAGAUAAAGAUGGGUUUGUCACGAAGGAAGAGAUUGUGAGAUGUGUUGGUGAAGUUAUGGAGGAGACGUCGGAGAAAGGGAAAGAGAUUAGAAAGAAUGCUCUAAGAUUAAUGGAAUUUGCAAAAGAAGCUUUGGCUGAAGGAGGAAACUCCGAUAAGAAUAUUGAUGAGUUUGUUGCUAAAAUUGCUAGGUAAACUGAUCGUAAUAAUGUGUGAUGCUUAAAAAUGUGUUUGUGGAGUUCCAGAAAACUAAGAAUUUUAUAAUGUAACUGUGUGUUUGUUU